AUGACAAGAACAUCAACUCUGUUGUGCUUCAAUCAAUCCCGCUGGUUCCCCGAGGACACGGCUCAUUGGGCUCUCUUUCUCUGGGAUGCCCCAGCAGCGACCGGAACCCUUUUUCAUGCGAGUAAGGCUUCCCUGCUGAGCGGGACGACGUCUUACGAGCCGAUGGAUAACAUAAACCCAGCAACCUCGCGUUCACUUGAAGCCUCAGUUGAAAUCGCCACUGGGCUUAAUCUCACCGACGACGAACUUGACGCGCUGUGCAUUGCAGCGGCGGAGAACCGCCCCUUUGAUCUUGUUGUCAAUAACUGCCAAAGAUUUUGCCAUGAGAUUCUGCAGCGCCUUGUUGGGGAUGGGACAAUUACUCAGGAUCAAGUUGAUGCGUUGGCUGCUGUCUAA